UCGAUGGCGCUUUCGUCCUUUUAUAUAUUCAGGAUUACAUUGUCCAAAAUGGGCCCUCCCUAAUUACUAGCGUACUAAGGUGUGAUUUUAAGUGCAGAGAUUAAAUCGCUUUGGUUAUACAGGAACUAUGUACCCAUGGGGACUACUGCUCACCUCACACCGUUGCUAUAACAACACUUACACACAUACACAAAAAGAAAAGAAAAGACAAGAAGGGAAUGGCGAUAUCGUUAGUUUGGCAACACAGACAAACCAGAUUUGAUUUAUCAUCGCGGGACUUACAAACAAUAAAUGGAGAGAAUAUUCUGGAUGUUAUAAAACUUGUUGAGGAUGUUAAAGCUGCAAAUGGGCAAACGGGUUACUUUAUAGUAACAAACCUGAGGGCAAUAUGGCAUUCUCAACAAACACCAUCUAAGAAUAUCUCCAUUGGCUUCCAGUGCUUCAUGACAAUAGAAACAUCAACAAAGCGUUCAAUACAUUUUGGAACCUCAGAAUCCUUGGUAAUUUAUGCUAAAGAUAAAAACCGCUUUCAGUUUAUCUUCACGACCAAUCAAACCCAGUUUCCUCGAAUGCUGUCUUCCCUGAAUGCUGUGUACAGGGCCUUCAGAUCAUCUUCCUUAUGCCGAGAGCUGAAAUUGAGGACUAAUUUAAUGCAGAAUUAUGAAUUGAUGCUUCUCCCAAAAGAAGAGAUUUGUGAUAAAAUAAACGGCGUUUGGAAUUUAAGUUGUGAUCGGGGUAACCUAGGUCUCUUGUAUAUUACAAACAUCCGGGCUGUGUGGAAUGCAGAGACCAACAAGAAUUUCAAUAUCAGUAUUCCCUAUUUGGACAUGGAGUUUGUGAAAAUCCAGCAAUCAAAGUAUGGCCUAGCAUUGAGUAUUGCAGUAUCUGAACUGAGUGGUGGAUACCUGCUAGGCUUUAGAGUGGACCCUCAGGAAAAAUUGAAACAAGUUGCUAAAGUGUUACAUAGUCUUUUCCAAGCCUCAAAAAUUAAUCCAAAUUUUGGUGUUCACUGCAAAAUUGAUUCAAAGUUUUCUGACACAGAACUAAAACAUGAAAUACUUGAAAUUAUCGAAUACUAUCAGAAAGAGGAGCCUCUGGAUGCCUUUGCUGCUUAUCUUUCUGACGGAACCAAGAUGCAAGGUCGUGAGCUGGAAUUUUGCGAUCAUCUUGGAUUGGCUAUGGAGAAACUACCAUCUGGUCUCACUGUACAAGACUUAUGGAAUGUUCCAUCUUGUUGAGUGUCUAGGAAAUAAAUACAUAAACGUCUUCCAAAUAACAACAAGAAGAAUAACUGCUAUUGAUGUAGGCAUAAGGUCUGAAACUUUAAGGGGAGGAGAAUACCUGAUUUAUAGUGACCCCCAGUACUUGGUUGGUAUUUUAUUUCAUGGUCCACAGAAGGAUGAAAGUGAUCUCAAUUGAAUUUGAACUCAGAAUAUAAAAUGUCAUAACAAAUACAGUAAAUUAGGAGUAGCUGUGGCUGUGUGGUAAGUAGCUUGCUUACCAACCACAUGGUUCCAGGUUCAGUCCCACUGCAUGGCACCUUGCGCAAGUGUCUUCUACUAUAGCCUCGGGCCGACCAAAGCCUUGUGAGUGGAUUUGGUAGAUGGAAACUGAAAGA